CUUCUUCCUCUCCUGGGGGCUAAAAGACAGCAAGAAAGAGAAGCCCCAGCAGCUCCGGCCUGGGCCACCUUCCAGAGAAGAUGCAGCCACUCCUGUUUCUGUUGGCCUUUCUCCUGCCCCCUGGGGCAGAGGCAGGGAAGAUCAUCGGGGGACAUGAGGCCAAGGCCCACUCCCGCCCCUAUAUGGCAUUUAUUCAGUUUUGGGACCAGGGGAAUUGGAAACGGUGCGGCGGCUUCCUGGUACGAGAAGACUUCGUCAUGACAGCUGCACACUGCUGGGGAAGCACAAUAAAUGUCACCCUAGGGGCACACAACAUCGAGGAGCAGGAAAAGACCCAGCAGCUCAUCCCUGUGAGAAGAGCCACCCGGCACCCAGCCUAUAAUCCCAAGAACUACUCCAACGACAUCAUGUUACUGCAGCUGAAGAGAAAGGCCAAAUGGACUGCAGCCGUGCGCCCCCUCAGCCUGCCCAGGAGCAAGGCCCAGGUGAAGCCAGGGCAGGUGUGCAGUGUGGCCGGCUGGGGGAAGGUCUCCCCAAGGGGCACGUUAGCAGCCACAUUGCAGGAAGUGGAGCUGACCGUGCAGGAGGAUCAGAAGUGCAGCUCCCUCUUCCCUCGCCACUACAAUAAGGCCAUCGAGAUAUGCGUGGGGGACCCAAGGAAAAAGAUGGCUUCCUUUCAGGGGGACUCCGGGGGCCCCCUCGUGUGUAACAACGUGGCGCAGGGGAUUGUUUCCUAUGGGCGAGGAGACGGGACACCUCCACGGGUCUUCACCAAAGUCUCCCAUUUCCUGCUCUGGAUAAAGAAAACAAUGAAGCUCCUCCAGCAGCAGGAGUCAGAGUGAGCCCCCCAUCUUCUCUGGACCCAAGUCCAGAAUGACACGGAGGGAGGGGCCAGCACCUUAAUAAA